AUGAUAUUAUAAAUAGGCUUAUUAAACAACCAAACUGAGGUUUCAAACCCUUUGAUUUUCUUUUGGGUCAUUUUAAUUUUAAUAUUUUAAGGAUAAUAAUACUUACUGUAUUAUCAGUUUAGAUUCUAGGAGGUGAUGGCUUCUCAGACCAAGGCCAAUAAGUUUAAAGGAGUAUCAAAUCCUAAUUUGAUUAGUGA